AUGAACGGCCUUCUGCACAUGCACGGACCGGCCGUCAAAAAGUUGCUCGGCUGGAAAAUCGGAGAGGACGAGGAGAAGUGGUGCGAGAAGGCGGUCGAGGCGUUGGUGAAGAAGUUGAAGAAGAAGAACAACGGAUGCGGUGAGUGCGCCGCCCGUUUCCACUUAAAAUCCCGAGAAAAAUGGGCUUUCUAGGCCGGAAAUUGUGCAUAAAUGGCUAAAUUUCAUCAAGCACACUGUAAUUCUGCGAAAGCUGGCAAUUCAGCUCAAAAUAUAGUGAAAUUAUGCAAUUUCUUUUGAAUUUCAGUGUUUUGUGGUGAAAAUUAGCAAAUGAACUGUUGCUCUGUAUUCUCGCUCGAAAUCUAGCGUUUUGAACGCGAAUUGUCAUCAAAUUCUGCAUUUGCGCGUCAAAUCCAACGUUUGCAGGCACACUGGAAGAUUUGGAAUGCGUGCUGGCGAACCCGAGCGCCAAUUCGCGAUGCAUAACGAUUCCGAAGAGCCUCGACGGGCGGUUACAGGUCCGUUGACGCACUUUUCUCCCCUCCGACGCCCCGUUUCAUUGCAGGUUUCGCACAAAAAAGGCCUUCCGCACGUGAUCUAUUGCCGCGUUUGGCGCUGGCCCGAUUUGAACUCGCCGCACGUGAGUCUCCGAAACAAAAAUGUUUGAAAGAGCACUGUUCUUUUUCCAGGAACUUCGAUCCACGGAAACAUGCGCGUUUUCGUACGAAUCGAGCUCGAAAACCAACUUUAUCUGCAUAAAUCCUUAUCAUUAUACCAGGUACGUCAAAAAAAAGCCUAUUCUUGUUUUUGAAUAUCGCAAACUUGCAGAAUAGCGCGCGGAGUGCCCGGAAUGCCGCUCGGCUCGACCUCCUCCUCGAUGCCCUCACCGCAACCGAUGCCCUCGCCCACAAACGGUACGCACCGGAAAUGCGUCAGCACAAAAACAAACAAUUUCAGCACUCUGGCAGUCGGGCAGCUCGACCGCCUCGUGCGCCAGCUCGCCGAGCCCGUCAGUGUUUUCCGAAGAUGGAGAACUGGUGAGUGAAGGCUCCGGAAACGCGCCAGCACAGAUUUUGAGCUGUUUGUUAGGGAAACAACGGAAAACUGACAUCCGAAAGCACGCCAGCACAGAUUUUGAGCUUUUUGUUAGAGAAACAACGGAAAACUGACAUCCGAAAGCACGCCAGCACAGAUUUUGAGCUUUUUGUUAGAGAAACAACGGAAAACUGACAUCCGAAAGCACGCCAGCACAGAUUUUGAGCAUUCAACAGCUUUUUUAUCACAAAAAACGAAAAAAUGGCGUACGAAAAGGCGUCAAGGCUCUAAAAUGACUUCAGCGGCAUGUUUUCUUCAAAUUAAACGCGUCCAAUUGCUUCUUAAUUAUAAAAACACGGAAAAAAUGCCAGGCACUGAAAACACGUCAACGAUUUCCGAUUUCAGCAAGCGCAUCAACGGCCGGCAUUCCGACACCCGAAAUCAUGGGCACAAAUCACGUACUUCGAGCUAAACUCGCGAGUUGGCGAGCCAUUCAAGGUCGGUGCAAAACUAGAGUACUCAUUUGGAAACGGCCUUCAUUGCAGUUGAUAAACCCGUCGAUGACGGUGGACGGCUACACGGAUCCGUCGAAUUCGGAGAGCCGCAUCUGUCUGGGACAACUCACCAAUGUGAAUCGGAAUUCGACAAUUGAGAACACGCGAAUGCACAUUGGAAAGGGCAUCCAAAUGGACAACAUCGAGUCGCAGAUGCAAAUAAUUAUUACGAAUAACUCGGAUAUGCCCGUCUUUGUGCAAUCCAAAAACACGAAUCUGAUGAUGAAUAUGCCGUUGGGAAAAGUAGGCACCGAAAAAGUAUAUAGUUAUGUUAAGAAAGUGUUGUAGGUGUGCCGAAUACCUCCGCACAAUCAACUGUGCGCCUUUGAGUUCAACCUCUUCUUUCAGGUUUGCAUUUGAACGGAUAUUGUAGAGUUCUCAAGAGUUGUAUUGGUUUGAAAUUUUUUCUGGAAAACCUUGACAUCUAGUACUGUAUUUUUGUACUUGACAGCUUUUUGAUACGACCAAUACCUGGGGUACUGUAGCUCCGCGAAGUUGGCAUAGGCCUAGAGCUAGCCGUAGCUUCCAAGAGCUACAGUAACCUGGGAAGUGGUUGUACGGAAAUAUUGUCAAUUACAAAAGUAUUGUUAACAUCAUGAACGCUAUUUUUGUAGUUGACAACUUUUUUGUACGAGCACUCCUAAGGUUAUUGUAGCUUUUGAAAGUUGGGGUCAGCUAAAAGCCUACCCCAACUUCUAAGAGCUACAGUAAAAUGAUCAACUACGAAAAUCAAGUGCUAAAUGUCAAGAUUUCACAAAAAGAAUUUUCAGACAUGUCUGCCAACGCAGCAAUUUGCGUUUUUUUAAAGGUAGCUUUUUACAGAUGCUGGAACGUUCGAGAAACGACAGAGACGGCCUGAACGAGCUGUCAAAGCACUGCUUUAUUCGGAUUUCGUUUGUAAAAGUGAGUUGAUAUUGUAGAUGUCCAUGAAAAUUGAAAUUUCAGGGCUGGGGCGAAGACUAUCCCCGUCAGGACGUGACCUCAACUCCGUGUUGGCUCGAGCUCCGGCUCAAUGUGCCCCUGGCGGUUGGUUUUUGCAAAAUAUUUGGCAAAAAUUGGAAAAUCUUUCAGUAUAUCGAUCAAAAAAUGAAGCAGACGCCGCGGACGAACAUGAAAGAGCCCAACUCGAUGACAUAA